UUGUUUUGAUUAGAUGGCUUCUUCCUCCCAGCUGAGGUGGAACGUGAUGGCAGAGGUGGCGGACACCGGUGUCUCCUCGCGAGCUGAGAGAAAAGCUUUGGAAAAGGCUAGAAUACUGCAGCGGGAGAGCGAGAGGAAGAUCUUCCGACUGGUCGGCCGAGUCCUGAAGAAACCUGAGGCCGAGCGCUCAGUGGAGGAGGCCGCCGUGUUGCUUCUGCACACAGACACAGCGGAGGAGCUGAGCAGGAGACACGUCCGCAGCAGGGUCCUCAAGAGGAAGCAGGAGGAGGUGUAUGAUGACGCCGAGGGGCUGCAAAAUAAAGUCAGACAGCUGGCUGUGGCAAUCAAACAAGCUCAUCACGUGGUGGUUUACACUGGAGCCGGGAUCAGUACGGCAGCUUCUAUCCCAGACUACAGGGGUCCUAAUGGAGUGUGGACACAGCUUCAGAAGGGACGGACAGUCAAUUCCUCGGACCUCAGUAAAGCAGAGCCGACCCUCACGCACAUGUGCAUUAGGAUGCUUCAUAAGGAGAAGAUGGUAAAUCAUGUUGUGUCUCAAAACUGUGAUGGACUUCACAUGCGAAGCGGCCUACCCAGGAAUGCUCUGUCUGAGCUCCAUGGAAACAUGUUUAUUGAGGUGUGCACAAGCUGUUCCCCCGUUAGGGAGUGUAUUCGCUUAUUUGACGUGACCGAGCGGACAUCGCUGCACCGGCACGGGACAGGCCGCCGGUGCAGCCAGUGUUCCGGUGAACUGAGGGACACCAUAGUGCACUUCGGGGAACGCGGGACCCUGGAGCAACCGCUCAACUGGAGGGGAGCUGCAGAUGCUGCAGAGAGGGCGGAUGUUAUUCUCUGCUUAGGCUCCAGUCUAAAGGUGCUGAAGAAAUACGCUUGUCUCUGGUGCAUGAACAGACCAGCCAGCAAAAGGCCCAAACUUUACAUUGUCAACCUGCAGUGGACACCGAAAGAUGAUCUGGCUACAGUGAAAAUUAAUGGCAAGUGUGAUGACGUCAUGAGCCUCCUCAUGGAAGAGCUGGACUUUCAGAUGCCUGUGUACAACAGGGCAGACGACCCCAUAUUCACUCUAGCAACACCUCUGCGGCCAGAGGAAGUGGACAGCCAUACCCGUGAGGUCAUAGCUCCCCCUGAUGGUGAGCACGAGUUUUCAGCCGACCCUGGAGGACAAGUAGAAGACACAGCUUUGCAAGGCGGCUGGUUCGGCCGAGGUUAUAAUAAAGGAAGGAAGAAGAAGAAAAAGGCUACAUAGCCGAGUGAACUCUAUAGAUUGGAAUACAUGAUAGCUUCCUGUGAUGGAUCCCAGAUUUCUGUCCCUUCAACUCUGACUUGAAUUUAUAAGGUGCUGUUAUUUUCUUGGAUGCCUCUGUCAUUUUCCCACAUGCACUAAGUGUGUGUGAAGGCAAAAAUAAGAUUGGAAAUUUUCUAUUUGAAAAUCGCACUUUGCACCAUGAACUUACACAACUUACAUUUUCUGCAGGAUUUAAAAAGCGUUACAAACAGUGCCGCUUUUGUUUUUUAUGCUACUGUCGUGCUGCGAUCUCGACAGGAAGGUUAAGUAAGAGCUGACCUUUUACCCAGCACGGUUAGCACAGCCUGUAAAGACUUAACGUACGUUUGAACAGCAAAACCAUAAGGUUAUUACUAUAGUUUUUCAAAAAAACUCAAAAGAACUACCUUUUUUAGUGUCUCACAACCUUUUGGCUUAAGAGGUGGCAGCUUUUCUUCAGAUAGUCGCAGUAGUGUUGAGUUCUUAAAUCACUCCUACAGCAUUAUUAGUUUGUCUGCCUGUGUACUGAGUACUGACUAUAUCACAAAUACAGCACACCUCAUAGUCAUGUUUGGGCCUGCCUGUCCUGAAUGGUUUGUGGUAGAAUAUCACUUUAAUUCCUAUUUAAUGUGUAUUUUUACAAAGUUAGUAGAGCAUAUAUCAACACAACAAAUUGUAUGUGCAACAUGCUGCUGGACUGCAUUAGCUAGAGGCAACUAGCCAGAAAAUUCAGGGGUCUUAAAUGAAAGUUACUGAAUGAAGUGUUCCAUCGGUGGAACAACAGCAUUAUACCAAAGGCUAAUUUCUGGAUUCUGUGAUGACACCACUUUAACUUUUUUUUUUGCAGACAUUUAAACAAUCAUUGUUGACAUUUUUCAAACUUGCUUAUUUGCUUAUUUUGUGUGUGUGUGUGUGUGUGUGUGUGUGUGUGUGUGUGUGUGUGUGUGUGUGUGUGUGUGUGUGUGUGUGUGUGUGUGUGUGUGUGUGUGUGUGUGUGUGUGUGUGUGUGUGUGUGUGUGUGUGUGUGUGUGUGUGUGUGUGUGUGUGUGUGUGUGUGUGUGUGUGUGUGUGUGUGUGUGUGUGUGUGUGGGGGGGGGGGGUUUCAAGGUAUUUUGGUUUAUUUUCUGAACUCAGACUCAACCUUCACACUGCUUUCACUCAUCUUCAAGUUUACAGUCAACAUAGCACAUCUGUACCAUGAUUUAAGGAGGUUGUAGAAUUUGCAGAGUUUACAUUUUUAACUUAUUUGAUUACAGCUCUGUAGGCAGAAUGCUAAGUUUAGUGUUACAUUUUGACUUAAAUUUGUUUAUGUUUGUUUGUGUGUGGAUAUGUUCUUGUUUACCACCAAAUAAUCUCUAUUAAUUUGUCUCAGGAAGAUGCAGUAGUAUUAAUCCUCUCAGCCUGUACCACAGAGUGUCAGAUGCUGUGAAUGUUAGGUAAGACAUGAUAAGCUAAUGUUCAGCAUUCCUAAAACUCAGAUCUUUGUCUACUUUGCAAAAAAGUUGUUAUAGACAAUUAAAGUGUUCCUCAUUUUAA